CAAAAUAGGUACACCACACCAAACUUUUUACUGCAGUAUUUUCCUUUCAACGGGCAUCACCAGACUUCUGAUUGAUGGCAAAAAGUGGUAAUUUUGGGUUGAUGUCACUCCAAUCAACGUGAAUCAUUACUGUCAUAACACAACCAAACACAACUUGGUUUUGAAAAUACAAAAUAAAUAAAAUAUCUCAUUAAAAAUGUCUUCAAUGCGCAUGAAGGCAGCCAAAUGCCCCUCUGAUGAGCUGGCAAUUACCAACUGUGCUCUUGUAAAUCCUGAUGAUUUCCCAAGUGACGUAAAGCACAUCGAGAUUUCAACAGGUCCAUCUCAGCACUUUGUAUUUAGUGUUAGAUUCUACAGUGGGGUGGACCGUGGUACUGUAGGCUUUUCAGCUCCCCAACGUAAAUGGGCUACACUCUCCAUUGGGCAGACUAUUGAUGUGAGACCGUUCAAGCCGCAAAGUGCAGAAUGUCUAUGCAGUGUUACACUUGAAGCUGACUUCAUGCUUAAGAAAACGACAUCAAUGGAGCCCUAUGAUUCAGAGCAAAUGGCGCGAGACUUCCUCAUUCAGUUUUCGAAUCAAAUAUUCACCGUCGGCCAACAAUUGGCAUUUUCGUUCCAGGAGAAGAAAGUUCUUUCUCUGAUCGUCAAGAACUUAGAAGCGGUUGAUGUACAAGCAUUAGCAUCGGGGGCAAAUGCGGUGCCCCGUCGCGUUAAAUUGGGACGACUUUUACCUGAUGCCUGCAUUCAGUUUGAUAAGGCUGAGAAUUCUUCGCUCAACCUUGUUGGCAAGGCUAAAGGAAAACAACCUCGUCAAUCCAUCAUCAACCCAGACUGGGACUUCGGAAAGAUGGGAAUUGGUGGUCUGGACAAUGAGUUCAAUGCCAUAUUCCGUCGUGCCUUCGCUUCCCGUGUCUUCCCACCGGAAGUCGUUGAACAGUUAGGAUGCAAGCACGUAAAGGGUAUCCUCCUUUUCGGACCACCCGGUACUGGUAAGACUCUGAUGGCGCGACAAAUCGGCAAAAUGUUGAACGCACGUGAACCGAAAAUUGUCAACGGUCCACAAAUUUUGGACAAAUAUGUCGGUGAGAGCGAGGCCAAUAUCCGGAGGCUGUUCGCUGAUGCCGAAGAGGAAGAAAAAAGGUGUGGACCCAACAGUGGACUUCACAUCAUAAUCUUUGAUGAAAUCGACGCCAUUUGCAAAGCGAGAGGCUCCGUUGGCGGCAACACUGGCGUUCACGAUACCGUUGUGAACCAACUGCUUUCAAAGAUUGAUGGUGUGGACCAACUAAACAACAUCCUCGUCAUCGGUAUGACAAACAGACGGGACAUGAUUGACGAGGCUCUAAUGCGACCGGGAAGGUUGGAAGUGCAAAUGGAGAUCGGUCUACCAGAUGAGAAGGGUAGAGUGCAGAUCUUGAACAUUCAUACCAAACGGAUGAGGGAGUAUAAGAAGAUCGCGGAGGAUGUUGAUUGCAAGGAACUAGCGUCGCUCACCAAAAACUUCUCCGGCGCGGAGCUCGAGGGUCUGGUACGUGCUGCCCAGUCGACGGCCAUGAACAGACUGAUCAAGGCGUCGAGUAAGGUGGAAGUAGACCCAGAGGCGAUGGAGAAACUCAUGGUGGAGAGGACUGACUUCUUGCACGCUCUGGAGAAUGAUAUCAAGCCGGCAUUCGGCACAGCAGCAGAGGCAUUGGAACAUUUCCUCGCUCGCGGCAUCAUCAAUUGGGGUUCACCCGUUUCGUCGAUACUUGAAGACGGACAACUGUACACACAGCAGGCUAGGGCUACUGAAGCUAGUGGUCUAGUAUCAGUUCUCCUAGAGGGGCCACCGAACAGCGGCAAAACCGCGUUGGCUGCACAACUUGCCAAGUUAUCAGACUUCCCGUUCGUCAAAGUUUGCUCGCCGGAAGAUAUGGUCGGGUUCACGGAGACCGCUAAGUGUCUGCAAAUAAGGAAGUACUUCGACGACGCGUACCGCUCAACCCUGUCGUGCAUACUGGUAGACAACAUUGAGCGUCUGCUGGACUACGGGCCGAUCGGACCGCGCUACUCCAACCUGACGCUGCAGGCGCUGCUCGUGCUGCUGAAGAAGGAGCCGCCCAAGGGCAGGAAGCUGCUCAUCCUGUGCACUAGUAGCAGACGUCAAGUGCUAGAAGACAUGGAGGUGCUAUCCGCGUUCACGGGCGUGCUGCACGUGCCGAACCUCUCGCAGCCGGAGCACGUGCUCUCAGUGCUGGAGGAGAGCGACGCAUUCACGGCCCGUGAUCUCGCCAAGAUAAAGCAAGAGUUGCGGGGAGCCAAAAUUUUCAUCGGCAUCAAGAAACUGUUGGCCCUCAUAGACAUGGUGAAACAGACGGACGAAGAUUCGCGCGUGUUUAAAUUCCUCACAAAGAUGCAAGAAGAGGGCGGGCUCGAUCUCGGCACAACCAUACAAUAA